AUCCAGUCCAGAUCCUCCCGACCGACUCUCCUUCGUUCCACCGCAAAUCUGCAUCUCCAUUCUCCACGAACCUCUCGUUUCCCGGACCCCGAAAUCUCCGCCGCCGCCGCCUCCUCCUCCAUCCCCACGAGCGUCCCGCCGCAAUGCGGCUCCGGGACCUCCUGCUCGCCACCUUCCUCCUCCUCUUCUUCCUCCUCCUCUUCACCCCGCGCCGCCUCGCCCCCUCCUCUCCCGCCGCCCCGCCCCUCGCCUCCUCCUCCGCCGCCGCCCGGGACCACUCCCGCCUCGCCGCCGCGGUGGAGUCCGGCGCGCGCCGCGUCGAGCCGUGCCCCGCCGGCUACGUGGACCACAUGCCGUGCGAGGACCCGCGGCGGAGCAGCCAGCUCAGCCGGGAGAUGAACUACUACCGCGAGCGGCAUUGCCCCCCGCCCGAGGAGACGCCGCUCUGCCUCGUCCCCCCGCCUGACGGCUACAGGGUCCCCGUCCGCUGGCCCGAGAGCUUGAAUAAGAUUUGGCACAGCAACAUGCCAUAUAACAAAAUUGCAGACAGAAAAGGUCACCAGGGAUGGAUGAAGAUAGAGGGACCUCAUUUCAUUUUCCCCGGUGGGGGUACAAUGUUUCCAGAUGGAGCAGGACACUAUCUUGAAAAGCUUAAAAAGUAUGUUCCAUUAACUGGGGGAGUGUUACGGACUGCCCUUGACAUGGGAUGUGGGGUGGCAAGCUUUGGGGGGUCUUUGUUAGCAGAAGGUAUUCUUACCAUGUCAUUUGCGCCAAGAGAUUCACACAAAGCACAGAUACAGUUUGCCCUAGAAAGAGGGAUUCCGGCAUUUGUUGCAAUGCUUGGCACUCGGAGGCUCCCAUUUUCCUCCUUUUCUUUUGACCUCGUUCACUGCUCUCGAUGUUUGAUCCCAUUUACAGCCUACAAUGCUAGCUACUUCAUUGAGGUAGACCGAUUGCUCCGCCCAGGAGGUUAUUUGGUUAUCUCUGGCCCUCCCGUACAGUGGGCUAAGCAGGAAAAGGAGUGGGCAGAUCUCCAAGCUGUAGCAAGAUCUUUGUGUUAUGAGGUCAUAGCUGUGGAUCGAAACACAGCUAUUUGGAGAAAGCCUACUGGGGAUUCUUGUCUUCCUAAUCAAAAUGAACUUGGGAUUAAGCCUUGUGAUGAAUCUGAUGACUCAACUGCUGCAUGGUACAUCAAGUUAAAAAAUUGUGUAAGCAGGACGAGCUCUGUCAAGGGGGACUAUGCAGUUGGAUCAAUUCCAAAAUGGCCAGACAGGCUUAACAGGAUUCCCGUCAGAGCUGGGUUAUUGGAAGAUGGGACUGAUAUUUUUGAGGACGACACUAGGAGGUGGACAAGAAGGGUUGAUUAUUAUAAGAAAUCCUUAAACUUGGAACUGGGAACUCCAUCUGUACGCAAUGUCAUGGAUAUGAAUGCAUUUUUUGGAGGUUUUGCUGCAGCACUCUCGUCUGAUCCAGUAUGGGUUAUGAAUGUACUUCCUGCAGACAAGCCCUCAACUCUAAGUGCAAUUUAUGAUAGAGGGCUAAUUGGAGUCUACCAUGACUGGUGUGAGCCUUUCUCAACAUAUCCUCGUACUUACGAUUUCCUCCACGUUGAUGGCAUUGCAAUGCUUAUAGAACAUCAAGGCUCAAAAAGGAGAAGAUGUAGCCUUGUGGAUUUGAUGGUGGAGAUGGAUAGGAUAUUGCGUCCGGAGGGAACAGUUCUUAUUCGAGACUCGCCUGAAGUUAUUGACAAGGUAAAUCAUAUAGCUCAUGCCGUAAGGUGGACUACGGCAAUACAUGAGGGAGAUUCGGGAUCUCCCGAAACAGAGAAGAUUCUAGUUGCCACCAAAACGAUGUGGAAGCUAUCUUCAGAAUCCCGCUGACAACCCCUUCAUUCUUUUACCCGAACCUGUAAUUGUUGUUUAUUCUUUCAAUUUUGCAGCUGAGAGAUCUUCUAACCUACUGUCAAGGUAUUCUUUUCUGCUUCCUCUUCUUCUUUUGGUGGAGAAACGUAGGACAGACUCUAAAGAACGUGCAAGUAAAAGCUUUUGUAUUCAAUUUGUAGAAAAUGCACGUGCUGACAGAUCUGAUCUCCUCUGUGGCUGCGCUUUAGCCAUUCUUACUAUUGUCUACUUUUUUCGAGAAUACCAAUGGGAUCAUCGCCGUACCAGCCUUGCCUUUU